AUGAGAAUGAGCGCAAGAAGCGAGAGUGAGAAUGAGAGCGAGAACAAGAAUGAGAAUGAGAGCGAGAGUGAGAGCGAGAACAAGAAUGCGAAUGAGAGCGAGAAUGAGAGCGAGAAUGAGAGCGAGAACAAGAAUGAGAAUGAGAGCGAGAGCGAGAGCGAGAGUGAGAACAAGAAUGAGAAUGAGAGCGAGAAU